UUCGAUCCUGAUGGUCUGCCAAUGCAUAGGAGCUGAAUGGAUUCUCCAUAAUUUCCUCCUUCGUCAAAUAUUCUUCAAAACCAUGUGCUGGUGCUUUAUUUUAUUAUUAAUUUUGUAUAAAAAAUAAUUUGCAAUGCAAACGUCGGGUGCAAAAAGACACAACGUGGAAGAACCAACAAAAAUCCAACGAAUGCUUUCUCUCUCUCACACACGCCUAUAAACACCGCCGCCUCUCUUCCCUCUCUCCGCUUCGUGUUUUGAAGUUUUGUCAACGGAAGAAGUUGUGAUCGGGUCGGGUAAGAGCAGAUCGAACAAAAUCAAGUGGAAUCGUUUAAGAGUAAGGUGGAGGAGGAGUACAACCCGUUCAAUAUGUUCAGGAUGAUUAAAUCAAACUUGUCGAGACUCAUUCAAACGGAGUUGGAGGAGAUGCAAUCCAAUCCCUCUGCCGAUUUCAAGUGCCUCGCGCUCGAGUCGAACCCACGGGACUGGCAAUUUGCAAUCAGAGGCCCUAAUGGAACUGAAUUCGAGGGUGGGAUUUAUCAUGGCCAGAUCAAGAUUCCGGAGGAAUACCCAGACAAGCCUCCUAUAUUGACGUUGUUGACGGAAAAUGGUCGCUUCAAAACCCAAACAGAGAUCGGUUAUUACAGCAGUUUUUUUUAUUGGGGGCCAUGGAAAAGAGUGCGAGAUGCUUUACUUGAACUUAUUGAGUUAUUGCCCACCUACCCAGAUGGUGCGUUGGGUUCAGUAGAAUACGAUAAGGAAGAAAGGCGUGUCCUGGCUUUCAAAUCUCGUUUAGCAGCCCCAAUAUAUGGCACUGAUGAACGUCAGAAGUUAAUUAAUGAGAUUCAUGAAUAUAUGCUAAGCAAGACCACCCCUGUUCCUUCAAACAGUGGAGGGGAUAUCCGGGUGCGUUCCCAAAUUGAUCGAGACAGAAAAAGAAAAAGAAAGCAAGAGAUCAAUUUAAUUUUUGGGAAUACAAUUCGUGCUGACCGUUGCGAGCGGGUAGGAUUUUUCGAUUUUGGGAAGAGGCUUAGAAGCCUUUGGUCGUGGUCAUAGAACAAAUCGGUGAAAUUAUAUUUUUUUUAGUGACAGCGAUAAUUUAGCAUUUUUUCAUCCAUUUAUCAUCAAUAAAUCGAUAAUUUCCUUGAUAA